AUGCACAAAUUGGUGGUGCCCAACAAAUCUUCAAUCCACCGGUUCACAGCCCUAGCGCUCUACCGCGCGCUUCUCCGACAAUGCGCCAAAUUACCUGAAAAUCUAGCGGAGCGCAAUGCACCCAAGCAGCACAUACAACUACGAUUCCACAGAUACAAGGGUCUUGAAAGUCCGUCAAGAGUCACGCAUGCAUUGAAAGCGGGAUAUGAUGCACUCGACUUGCUCCAUGCCGUAUCACAAGGCCGUCGCACGGAGACCAAGCAUCUCCGGACCCUCCUAUCCGAAGCCGCCGAAGCAAAGGAGCGCCAGUCCGCAAUGCAAAGAGAGCUGGCGCGGUUGAAGCCGAGAAAACCCCCGAGCGCCCUCGAGCUGAAGAAGAGGGCCAACCGGGAGGCCACGAGGCGGACCAUGUCGCGACAUCCCGAUGCCAUACCGGUUCUGUCGCGUCCCCGGCCGGUCGUCAGCGGGAUACGCCGCAUCCCGAAACUCGUGAAUGCGCGCGGCGUCCCCUUCCUGCGGAUCAACAAACCCCAACCCGCGAUCCUUGGGCACAUUAUCCGGGGCAAACAACGCAAACGAAACAGGACACUUCGCGUGCGCAGCAAGUUACAGGAGGCAAGACUCUGGGCUCAGGAUGAGGAUGAGUGGGAUCGAUUAACCGACCAAGCGGAACGAGAGCCAACGGCCACGUGGCGCCAUCCCGUUGAAUUAUGCAUUAUGGAACUCAAACGACGAGUCUUUGAGAUGGAGCGCAAGGAUCAUGAGCUUGCGACAGCCAUGUGGAAAGUCGUCCUUGCGGAGCGGGCGUUGGCCGCCAAAGAGGCCAAGGAACGGGCCGCCAAGAUGGCGGCGGAUGCUCCAACAGAGACCACGGGAGGAUUAGAAACGGAGCAGAAGGCAGUCGGCCAGCUAGAGCGCGCGGAACUAACCAAGCAUUCUACCUGA